AUGGUCCCAGCGUUGCCCGAAACCCCGCGCCCCCUCGCGGCGCUGCUCACGCGGGAGAUCCGCAGCGGAGCCGUGGCAGUGGCCAAGGUGGUUCGAAAUCGGGAGAGCGACGUUCACGUUCGAAUGAAACCAUUCGUGGCACAACCGCAGAAGAAGAAGAUCGGAGUUCUCAAGCUGCUGGUGCUCGCCGCCCUGCUGGUGGUCAACGCUCUGCUGACCCGCUCCAGGCAGAGCUCGCUGGACGACCUGUUCAGAGCCUUCAAGGAUGAGAUUGCUGCAUCGGUGGAGGCGAAACUGGGCUCGCUCAGGACGACCACUAUUUCGGAAAUAUCGAACCACUCCACGGGCCUCAUUCGUGCUGUGGCGGCGCGACAGGAUGCAGUCAACCAGCAGUUCCAAACUCAAGCUACAGAUAUCCAAGCUAGAAGUGACGUGCUGGAGCAAUCACAGUUCGAGAUGCGUCGGCAACUGGAUGAGAUGCGGAAGGAACUAUAUUGUCAAGAGCGGGCCAUCCCGGUCAAGGACUACGAGGAUGUGCAAGUGCGGGGUCGACAGCCUGGCCCGACGGUGCGCAUUGCUAACUUAUCGGAGAUGGCCAGCAAGGAGAGCGUCAACGCGGAGCUCACCGAGUGGCUCACACAGGCGGGUGUUGCGGAGAACCAGUAUAAGCUCAUCGGUGACAGCCACAGCAAGAGGUACGUCAUACAGAUGCUGGGCAACGGAGAUGCUGCGCAGCGGAAGUUGCGGGCAGCUCGGCGUGCGCUCCAGCGUGAUGGUCAGACUUGGAGACAGUUUGGAGUUGCCGCAGUCCCUGGCGGACGGGCCCAAAUAUUUGUGAGGCUGGACAAGUCUGCGCGACAAAUCAGGGGGGUCGUGUUCAUCGACAGCAUACCGACGAUCACGGUCCAGACAGGCGACGCGUUCGGUUCCAAGAGCCGCUUGCUGUGGAACUGCUCGGCGGUCACUUCGCACGGAGUUGGCCAGAAGGCGCUGCCGGAUACGUUCAAUGCUACCUUUCACGGGGUCGAG